AUGUCGGUCCCAUCUCGUUCAUCGGCAUCUAUAUACUCUAACGAUUUUUAUUUCUUAUAUGGAAAUCAAUCAUUUUUACAAUACUUGUCUGAUAAUCGCCAAUGUUACAACCAAGGAGCAUUUCCCCAAUUACAAUCUGAAACUCUUUCAAAUCGCUUUUCCAGUGAUAAACCAGAAAGAUGCUCGCUAAAACCGUUUGACUGUGCUUUUGGUGAUUUGUAUUCUUUUGAAGAUCGAGAUCAAAUGUAUCAGCAGCCCAAGAUUCUGAAAUAUUUUGACCGAAAACCACUUAAAUGUGGCUUUGCCAUUCCAUCAAUAUUCGAUACAGUCAGAUAUAAGUAUGGUCGCAACCAAACAUGCCAAACCGUAGUUUUUACGGUUGUCACAAACUGCUACGAUCCUUUGCCUGAAGUAGAAGGUCCAAUACUACCCUCGUUUUGCUUUAUUGCCUUACUAGACACACAGACUCUUAAAGCCCAUAGAAUAUUUUAUGCUAAAGAGAAACGAUCAACCAGCGAUGAUGUUCAAUGGGAUUUAAUCGAUUUAGGAGCUAAUGCAUCACCCUUCCUUGCUUCUGCUAAAUCAAUUGAAACACUUAAACUCGUUGGGCCGCGAAUGUUUCCCGUGGCUAAAUGGAUUAUUUGGCUCGAUGGUAAGGCAUAUAUUCAGAAUAUUGGUGAUAUAUUAUUACAAACACAAUCUCCAAUGAUUAUACCGUCUCAUCCUGAUACAACACGCACAUCGGCAUCUGAAGUGGAACCCACCAUUGUACGGUUGAAAUCGAGAGAAAAGUCGUCGUCUCAACAACUAAACAUUAGUAUAGCAGAAAUU